AUGAACCUGAAAAAUAAUUUUGUUUGGGAAAGCAUAACUGUGACGCCUGAUGAAGAACAAAACUUGAAUCAUUAUGUGCAAGUUUUACAGAACAUGCUACUAAGUGUUCCCACUAAGGAGGAACCAGGCCAUGAGAUAAAACCAAAAGCUCCAAAUAAUGUUUAUUCUUCGGGAUCGAAGGUAUCAGAAUUGAAGGAAAUAAUUACACAUGGAAAAUCUUUAAAUGAGAAUGAUGUUUUAAUCAAUCCCAUCAGUGACGAAACUACACCUUACCCUACUAGAGGCUUCACACUGGAGGUAGGGAGGAGAAAACGUACUAAAAGUACAGCAUUCUGGUGGAUCAAACCAAACAAUGUUUCUGUUGUUUUACAUGCAAAAGAACCUUAUAUUGAAAAAGAAGAAGAGCCAGAAGUAGUUACAAAAUCAUCUGGGACAUCAAGUCCAACUUCCACCUCACGUAUGCCAUCUACCCCCACUUCACAUGGAAGCACUGAUUUGAGUGAAUCCACAGAACUAGAAGAUGUUCCUCAGCUCUCAGGUGGAUUUGAAGCAGAAAAACCUGAAGCACCAGCAUUUGGAAAGCACUUAGAGAUUUUGAAUAAUGAUAUUUUGAAAAAAAUUUCAGAUAUUCAUUCCCAGGUGCAACAGGCAACUCUUGAUGACAGCCUCAUUGAAGAAUCUAGAGAUGACAUUCAAGCAUCAAAAGAUCACUUGAGACGAAGCAUUGCUCUAGCAGCAGCAGCAGAACAUAAAUUAACAAAAAUAUAUGAAUCCCAGAUCUUACCACUAGGACAAACUGGUAAUGAAAUUGAUAACAUUGAAACUGUUAUUAACAUGCUGUAUAAUUCUAGAUCUAAAUUAUCUGAAUAUUUUGAUAUUAAGUAUGUUCCACCAGAGAUGAGAGAAAAAGCUAGUACAGUAUUCAGUAUAUUGAAAAAAAUAUUAUGUGUAGGCCAAGAAGAAACUGAAAGCCUUAUUAAGAAGGUAAUAAAGAAUAAUAUGAAAAUUUUAAACCUACUUGAUACUUCAUGA